AAAAAUAGAACAUAUUGAACGAAACGACCUACAACUUGUAGGCUACAAGUUUUAAUAAAUUUAGUUUUAAACGCUUGACACAAUACAAUUCACAAGAAUUGAAUUGAACCUGUAAAAGAAAUGACACUUUUGUUACACACAUUCUAUUCAUACAUAUUACUCUGGAAUGCUAUCACUGCAUAUGGACUCGUUGAUCCCAAAUCGAGCGUCUAUCAAAGGAAUGAAAUCUAUAAUAACAAUAAUGAUGACGUUGAGGAGCGUACGGGAUCGUUUCCAUUCCUAAUGCCUUUCGUCUCGCCAAAAACACCAGACCUAUACUUAUGCACUCCCAUCAAAGUCGACCCAACGACUUCAUAUUACAUAGUUGGCUACAAACCAAAUGCCACCAUGAAUACCGCUCAUCAUAUGUUGCUUUAUGGCUGCGGAGAACCAGGCUCAACAAAAGUCACUUGGAACUGUGGCGAAAUGGCCCAAUCGACAGAGGAGGAAACAGCCAGCCCCUGUGGACCACAUUCUCACUCGCAAAUUUUAUAUGCUUGGGCAAGAGAUGCACCAAGACUUGAUCUACCUCCAGGAGUCGGCUUCAAAGUGGGCAAGGAUUCGCAAACUAAAUAUUUGGUUUUACAAGUUCAUUAUGCCCACGUUGACAAAUUCCGAGAUGGCGCUACAGAUGAUUCUGGCAUAUUUCUGCAGUACACUGAAAAACCAUUGAAGAAGUUGGCUGGCACAUUGCUCUUGGGUACCGAUGGCAUUAUUCCUCCCAUGAGAACGGAAAAUAUGGAAGCUGCUUGUGAAAUAACUGAGAACAAAACGAUUCAUCCAUUUGCAUAUCGAACGCACACUCAUGCAUUGGGAAAAGUUGUCUCCGGGUAUAGGGUUCGCUCCAAUGCUCAAGGAGUACAGGAAUGGACGUUACUAGGCAAGAGGGAUCCACUUACUCCGCAAAUGUUUUACAAUGUCGAGAACACGUCGCCCAUAGUUACCGGAGACUAUGUGGCGGCUAGAUGUACCAUGAAAAGCACUAGACAUCGUGCCACAGGCAUCGGUCCAACCAGUGAAGAUGAAAUGUGCAAUUUUUACCUGAUGUACUACGUUGAAGAGGGCGAGCCCUUAGACAUGAAAUAUUGCUUCAGUCAAGGAGCUCCCAACUAUUAUUGGGCCAAUCCAGAUACCGGACUACAUAACAUUCCACAUAUCGAAGCCAGUACUUUGUAAAUCUGAAAUCUCUACAAAACUCUCGAAUCUAUCAACAAUCCAAUUGUAAACUGUAAAAACAAAUUGAAACGAAUGUAUACUGAUUUAUCUGGGUUAUUUUUACCGUA